AUGUCUGCCUCACGGUACCCGGAGAACGGCAGAUAUGCCCGCGACAGGUCUCCGCCCUAUCGGGACCGAGACCGAAGGCCAUCCAACUUUGGCGGUGGAUACCCCCCAAGGGGUAACGAGACCUUCAGACCAAAUGCAGAGCCAGGUGGUUUUCAAAGAGAGAUCCCCAAAGGUCCAAAAUCACUUGCUGACCCGCCACGUGGCCCGCCUGUGGGUCCGCCAUCAAGCGCGUCUGCAGCGCCACGCGAUGAAAGAGGUCGCGGAUUCGCCGGACGUGGUGAAGCCACGCCGCUGCGAACUGCACCUCCAUUAAGUAGCGGUCCUGGAUUUCCGCACAACUCUCAAAACUCCUGGAGGGCAGACCGCGACCGAGAUCGCGACUUUGAUCGGCGUGAGAGACGGCCAACUCCACCAAGGCGGUCACCUAUCCGGGAUUCAAGAGAUUCCCGCGACCAGAGGGAUUUUGGACCGCGAGAUCUAGAUGUCAACCGCGCCCGACGAAAUUCACGAGACGGCCCCCCCUCUGCGGGCUCAACCUACUCUGAUCCUCCACCUCCUGGUACAGCGUCAUCUUACCGUGGUAGUGGGAUUGGACGUGGACGCGGUGGUUUCGCUGGACGCGGCCGAAACUUUCACAGCGACGACCGCGAUAGGCAUCACGACUCACGUGAUCGCAUUCCAGAACGAACAUAUCGACCGCGUAGUCGGACGCCCCCGAGGCGCCUAGAGAGAGACGUUCGCGAAGACCGUGAUUUCGACAGAAGAGACCGCGAUGACAGAAGAUUUCCCAGAGAAUACGACUCCUACAUUGGCCCAGCAGGUGCUGCGAAGCCUGGACUGCGGGCAUUGGACACACAUCGAGGUCCAGGUCCCUCUGAUCUUCGACAUCUGCCCGGUACACCCACAGGUCCAACACCGCACUCUGCUCAUCACGCAUCUCCGUCUGAUAGACUAGGACCACAAGGUGAUUCUUACUCGAGACGAUCCUCCCUCGCCAUUGAUCCUCUCUCUGCCAAGGAUCCUCGCCGCGAGCCAGGCAAAGACGAGGCUCUCCUAGCCAGCCGCGCAGAAGCGUCUAGAGAAAGGUAUGCUCCGCGUGCUUCGUCGCCUCCUGCUUCCAUCCCAGCCUUUGGCGGAUCCAAUGUUUGGAGGGCGCCUAUUUCGGACAGUAAAUCAAGUGCUGCCCCAGUAGCGCCAUCGAAACCUGCUCAGCCUGCCCCUGCUCCUACUAAUUCCUCUACUGCUCCACUCACUCCCGCUACUCCCGCCACCCCAGUGAAGGCCACCGUAGUCCCUACUGCACCAAAGGCGGCGAUACCCCCAGGCCUUUCAACUUUACCGCCUACUGGACCAAAAGCCGAUCGGGCGCCGGAUCGUCCCUUGCUUACGGACGCUCCGAAACAAGAGAACAGAAUGGCGCACCCAGCUCCAGCGCGUAUGGAACCACCUUUCAUUCCACCUCACACUGUUCCAUCUCAGCCCACUGAUGCAUCAGCUUCAGACAAUGUGGCUGCCAAGAUUACAAUGUCGCCACAGAUGCCUGCACCACCUAAAGCUCCAUCCGUUAUGCCAGCGGCUCCUCCAACGGCUCCUAAUGCGCCAUCAGGUCCGGCGAAAUCUCCUCCUCAGGGUCCUGCUCCACGACCGCGUGCGCCACCCACAGCCCCUCAAGCAGCUCUACGUGUCAACGUAUCACCUUCGUUCUCCAGAGCGACUUUACCACAAUACGCCCCUCGAGAUGCAUCUCCUGGUGCAAACCCCUCAGGUUUUGGUCCACGUGGCGGUAGUGGGGGAGGUUCUGCGAUGAACACAUCACCGCAAAGUUUACCAGCAAAUAUUCCUACAGGACCAAAGGCUGACCGAACACCGAUGGCUCCUAGGCCGCUUCCAUCUUACCCACAAUCUGACCGACCUGGCUUCCCCCCAGCUAGAGGUCCAUUGAAUGGAGGACCCAAGAGUAUGCAAUGGGUACGACCUGGUUUCAAUUCCAAUCGACCUUCGGUCCCCACUAAGCGCGAGUUUCCGGCGGAAGAUCGGGAACGACCAUUCGGCACUGCUCCCAAAGCCCCCCGACUUGAGAACAGUAUCUCGGCAACGCAGACUCAACGAAACUCACAAGCCAAAUCAGUGUCACCGUCGUUCUCGCGCAUCUCAACUGAAUCCGAGCGGCCACGAGAACGUGCAGUGUCUGCGGAGCGUCCUGCGGCACCCUCACCCAAGCCUACUCCGAUCGAGACCAGGCGAUACUCUGACGUAGUUAUGGCAGAAGCGUCACCUCGCAUGGCCAAACCACCUAUGUCGGCCGCGUCAUCCGCUCCGGAGGCUUUGCAAGACUCUGAUGAUGAUCUUGAUCUUGACGAAGAAGACUUCGCUGAAUCUGAGGCGAAAUACAACCGAGAACGAGCGCGCCUGGAAGCCAAACGGGUUGAUUUGAGUGCUCCACACCUCCGAGCUACGACGCCCUUGCAAGAGAUCGUUUUGCUAUCAUGCUUGAACGUCGACCAUCUCCCACAAACGCAGCCCGAUGCGGAGCUUACCGAGGAAACAAGCACACCUUUGCUUCAGGAACAGGAGCAGGAAUAUUCACGUCCCUCACCUGCGCAAGAACUCCUUGUAAAGCCAGUUCCUGCUCAGCCACUUCCAGAGAGCGUUACGGCAGAUUUACCGACUCCCAAAGCUGAAGAGUCAGAGGACGUCGAGAUGGAAGACAAAGAGGAGACCGAAGAAAGGUCGGCUGCGCCCGCAACGAUGGCGCUUCGUCUGCGACGUGAAACUUCUGCAGAGCAGGAGACUCUACCCGACCUCAGCUCGUUGCCGUAUCUAGGGUCAGGUCCUCCAACGCCUCUAUCCGACAUUGGACAAGACCGGCCAAAUCUCUCUGACGAUGUCAUGAAUGCCAUUCGAAGCAAGUUGCGCAAAAGCAUCGAGCCUGAACUAAACACCGAUCAGAUACUCGAAAGAUACGCAGCUGCAUACAGAGAGUGGCGAGUUGCAAUCCGUCCUUUGGACGAAGAGCGGGAUCAAGAUGAUUCGGACAGGCAGCCAUCAGCUGAGCCCACACUGAAAGCCGUCACCCCCGAUGUGCAGAACGCUGCGAUGACUGGAAUCCUGGAUGGAUCGCUGGCACCUACAGGCCGGAGAAGUCAUGCAAGUCGGUGGGCUACUGAGCUUGAUUUAGAAGCUGUUAUCAAAGAGUCUUUGAAGACCGCAGAGGAAGAGAAGUUAGGGAAGAACAAGGAACCAAGGAAAGCCAUGGCUGAUCCGGAGAAGGAGGCUGAUCUACCUUUGGAACUUACCGAGGCCGAGGCUCAGCGGAGAAGGUUUAUUGACACUAAUUUCCAGCGCGAACCCGGCCAAGGCAUCUUCGUGUUCCAUUACGAGCCACCAGAGGACGACUUCACUCCUGACGAACACCGCGUCAUGGUGCAGAACUACAAGGAUCAGUACGCUAAGAAAUGGGGUAAGCUGGCCGAAGUCUUAUACAAAGAAGUCGGGACCGAACGUACAUACAAAGACUGUAUCAAUCACUACUAUGCUACCAAAUGGGGCAGAGAAUACAAAGGCAAACUUCGGAAACCGCGGGCUUCCAGGAAACGUGGUGGAGCGGUCGGUCGUGGCCGUGGAGCUAUUGCCAACAUGGACCGACCCGAAGGACCGGGAGAGGAUGGUUUGCCCUUGCCUGUUACUGAUACUGGACGACCUAGGCGCUCAGCAGCACCCAAAUUUGGCGCAAUGGAGACUGAGUUCGACCCGAUCACAGGAAUUCCCAUUCCAGGCCGUGCACGCAGGCCGACUGAUGCCGACGACACACAAGAGAAGGCUAUGCGGCGCGGAAAGGCUGCGAAGGAUAAGCUCGGCCGGAAGGCAAAGAAUAUGCCACUUGCCGCGGCUCCCGUGGGUUCACCUGUCAAGGUUGAUCGUAAGGACAAGAACCUGGGAGUCAAGAUGGAGGAUGAUCUCAGCAAACGGCCGAUGGGCGAUAUGCCCAUACCUAUGCCCCUCAUCCCUAUGGAGGACCAGUUGAUGCUGCCUGGUGAUUUGCAGCAGCUAUCUGGCUUGCCAGGCAGCCUCAUGGACCGACCGAAGACACAGCCUGGCGCGAGACCCGGUCCGUCUAGCUAUUGGUCCGUCUCCGAGUUGCAAGACUUUGACAAGAAUGUUGCACACUUUGGCACUGACUGGAUAGCAAUCGCAAACCACAUGGGCACAAAAACGCAUACCAUGAUCAAGAACCAAUAUCUGCGUCUUGUUGAGAGUGGCAAGCUAGACUUGGAGCAGGUAGCAAAAGAGGCAGAUGCCCGAAGAGAACGAGGUGACGAUCUAGGACCACCGCCAACGCCAACUCCAGCACCCAAGAGACGAUAUGAGAGUACACAGGCGGGACCAAUCCGUCCCAUUGCACCCACACCCGAACAUGGUUCUCCACCUCCGAACCCGCUUGCGCUUCCCAAAGCAUCUCCUCCGCAUUCGACUCCGCAUUCGACUCCCUCUUCGAGGUUCUCUACCAUUGCUCAAGCACCUAUGCAAAGCAAGCCGAUGGUUCCUCCACCCGGAUAUCCUGCCCUACCAGAGACUAGCCUUGCGUCUGUACCCUCAAUACCACCACAGCAGUCGCCGCCCGCUCCACCUCAACGUGCGCAACCACAACAUCAUCACCAGCACUCCAUGUCGCAGCAUAAGCCGCAGCCACAAGGGCCACGAGCUGGAUACUUCUCAGAAGAGCCUUCAAGGUUUGAGGCACGACCACCCUCGCAAUCAUCGAACAACCAACAACCACAUAGACCACUGCAGCAGCAGCAGCAACAGCAGCAGCAUGCCCCACCCCAGCCUCGUGCACAGGAGCAACAUCAUUCGCCUCUCUAUCGUGGGCUUCACUAUCAAGAACGAGACGGUGUGGGUAGGCCCGAAGUCCAGCAAGAGCAGGAGCAUCAACGCCGGAUGCAUGAACACAGGCGUCAGAUAUCACAGGAGAUGUCACAACAUAGACCUUUUGCCCCUGGUGCGGCACCGCCAAUUAUGCCCCCAGUACGUUCAAACUCUGGGAUGAGGUCGCCAGAACGUCGUUCGUUGCCAUUCUCACAUUCCCGGCACCCAUCACAAGCGCAAUCACUCAAUCAAGCUGCCGCGGACGUAUACUCUCCGAGCCAUGGCACUAGCCAUGGUGCGCAACAACUGCCGCCCAGGUCGAGUAUUCUUACACCGCCUGUCAAGGAGGAGCCUAGAAAUCCUCCUCCGGUUAGCCUUCCUCCAGCGCAAUCCCAAGCAAUGCUGCAUACACAGUUGCAACAUCCUCAGCGUGGUCCACCACCUAUGCAGAAUACACCCCCACCUGCAGCAUCAAAGCCAGCUGCAGAGCCACGCAAGUCUAACCUGAUGUCGUUGCUCAAUGACACCGACCCUGAGGAGCCUAGGCGUAAGAAACCUAGCGAACAAGGCCCACCAUCGCAUACCUCUACCCCUUUGCAAUCAGCCCCAAUCGCACCUCCUCCGACAACGCAAAGCUACUCAUCUUCGUCAAGACGUUCGAUUUACGAGGAUCCUAUGGCUGCUCAACCUCCGUAUACUCGUCCAUCUUCAUAUGCUCAGCAAUCCUCGCUUCCCAAUGCAGCACCGAACAGGCCAAUCGACUUAACCGAUGAUAAACCACCAGUGAGUAGGCCGAGUCUGCGUGACAGUUGGCAAACCCAACAGCCGUUCCACCGAGGGCUAUCCCAGACCCCACAACUCACGCCACUUUCGUCAACGCCGUCUGGCCUGCCUCAGCCGCCGAAUGUCAACGAGAGGAUCUUCAGCAACCACCGUGCCGUCUUCUCUCAGCAUAAUACUCCUCGUCAGAAUCCGACACCGCCGCCUCUUGCCGGUUUCAACAAUUCUCCGAACCCACAUUCGCGCACGUCAAGCAUAAGUGGGCCGCCCGGGCCGUUGCCUCGACACGGCAUCCCAAGCACCACUGCGGCGCAGCAUGCCCAAGCAAUGAGUGCAUCAGCGCAGAUUUUGCAACCAAAUCCAUAUGCCCAGGUCGAUCCACCAGGAAGUGGUGUACCGCCAUCCGGACCUAUGGGCAUGCGGCCCAGCCCACAUCUGUCGACAAGCCACAUGGCACAGCAAAGAGACGCAUCUAGUCGCAAUGACCACUCCCAAGCUUCCAACGCCAAUCUGUCGUACUCGAACCCGCAGACGCCUAACGAGCAUCCAGCGCAUCCUUUCCAAGGGCUGAGCAGACUGACUGAGCCCUAUCGUCCUCGCGACCCUCGUGACGCACACGAUUUUGACCCUCGUCACUCAGACCGUGACACCAGUCGAGAACUAUCUCAAAGGACUGAAUAUCUACGUGAACAACUUUCUAAUCCUGCAUUACGUGCGAGCGGUCCUCCAAUGCACGAAGAUAUACGAUUUCAGCCUCAAGAUCGAGGGUAUCUCUCUCAACGCUCACAGACCCCACUGUCUAGGUCGGAGCAUGGUCAACCUCCACCUCUGCAACAUCCUCCGCACUCUUCACUUGGCGUAGCAAAUCAGGCGCUUUAUGGUCAACGUCCUCCCGAAGAACCGCAUCGUUUUAUGCGCGAUCCUCGCGAUCGCAGCAUGACAGACCGUAUUCGCGAAGAGCAAGCCCAAGCUCAACACCAGGCAGCGAUGAAUCGAGAUGAACAUAUGCGAAGAGAAGCUGAGCGAGACGUAAGGGAACGGGAAAUGCGCGAAAGCCAUGCACGAGAUGCGCAUUACAGGGAAAGUAUCAUGCGAGGAAGAGCUGAGAUGAGGGGUCCGCCGCCACCACAAGCCCCCAGCUCAGGACCAGGGUCAAUACACGAUCCACGGCCCCCUGCAGGACCCAUGGACUGGGUGAGCGGAGUGCGACAUCCACAGGGGCAUCCACAGGAUCGUGGUCCAUGGCAGCAGCGAUAG